GAGGGCACGCUGGACCCGGCCGCCGUCCGGGCCGUUGUGGGGGAGGUGUGGAAAGAGUUCUCUCACCCCCUGGAGGAGGACGACGCCGGCGCUGCGGACGUGGACCCCCAGGCGAAGCCCGUGCGCGGCCGCGGCCCCCUCGCCGAGGGCGACGGCGAGGGGCCCUCGACGCCGCGGGGCAGGUCCCGGGACACCAAGGACCGGGGCACCAGGUUGCGCCAGAUGUCUCAGGAGGCCCUCGCCCGCGCGGCCAGGCUGCGGCGCCAGGGCUCCUCGCGAUCCCAGGAGGGCACGCCCGCCGACGCCUCUUCUUCGCCUUCCCGGCGCACCUGGAGCAGAUCCAGCCACUCGGCCCGAACGCAGACCCCAGGCAGCGCUUCUUGUGGCUCUGA